UUAAACUCAAGAAAAGGAAGCAGAUACCACGAGCCACAAGUCAUGCCUGAGAAGACGUGUGCUGUGUGACCUUGUGGUGCAACAAUGACAAGAGUAGCGCUGACUAAACUCCUCAUCCUCUCAUCCUCGUGAUCCUCGCCUUCAUCAUUUGCCUCCCGGAAUUCUUCACAUUAUACACAGUAUCAAAAGUGAACUUCCUGUGCCUGCCCUACCGACCCUGUGGGCGAGGGAAUCGGCAACGGAAGGGGGCAAAUGGAAAGAGUGGUAACGCUGAAAUUGGAAGAAGGGAUUUGUGUGACCCUCUACGGACUCCAGGAAGCAACAAGUGGGAGCAGGACUGCACACGGGGAAAUCAAAGCAACGCCACAGAUCCUGAGUCGCUCUCCGGGGGGGCCGGUGAAGACCCAGAAAAGAACUGGUUCAUGUGUGAAGCCGAUAUGGAUAUGGCAGAAUUACAGAGAAUCAUGUCAUCUUCAGCUCUGAAAACACAUCUCGAGGUCUCGGUGGAGCUUCAACUUAGUGAUGCGGAGACCCUGAAUCUCACUUUGUACAGCGGCAGCAAUCACAGCUCCUUACACCUCCACCCACCUGGGGAGGAUGAAGAGGAGGAAGAGGAGGGGAGUGAAGAUGAAGGGCAGAGGAGGGUGUUUUACUGUUGUCUCCCUGUUCCGCCCGCCGCGGAGUCGGCCAAUCCAAGGCACUGUCUCCUUUGGCUCGCCAAUCGAAUGGUUUGGAGUGCAACAGCGCAGGAGAAGCUGCCAUGGAAACGCUCACAGCGAGAUGAGUGGCGUUGUGUGUUGAGGGCGCUCUGGCUGUCUCUGAUCUGUGUGGUGAUGCUGACUGCCGUUGUAACUACUGUGCUCGGACUCAUCUACUGGAGGAGACGCUCAUACAAAAACCCUGCCGUGCUCCCACUUGGUUACGCGGUCACUGGUCAGCAGUUGAAUGAUGGUGAGGACACAGAGAUCAGCAUUCCAAAAGGACUGUCACCCAUUCAAGAAGUGGACACUCAAGAUGACAUUGAAACUCUGCUGGAUGGAAACGUUGACCACUGCUAUGCAGCAAAUUUGCAUCAUCGCAUCCAUCACUCCACCUCCUCCCUCACAGAGGAGCAGAUCUGCUGACAGGAGCACACAAAUGGACCUAAAAGUGCUGGAUUUAGCUGAAAGAAGUCAAAACAUGGCGAAAGAUAGACAAAUAUGUUCUAUGCUUAAUAUCUUUCUUGCCUGCAUCAAUGUAUCUCUGAAAUGAGAGCAGGAGGAGAGUAUUAUCUUUCAGAGAUCUGCAGGCUGGAAGCUAAGAGCCAAUUUAACAAUGGAUAUGAAAUCACAGAUGCGCUGUGAGCACCUUGGGAUUGCUGCUGAGACUCAACAUGUGAUCGCAGGAAAGGGAGAAAACAGUAAUGUGGAAAAUUAAUGAGAUCACAUGAGCAAGAAGUGUGUAAAUCUAUCAGGAACAGUAUUAAAAGCCUUUAUUCAA